CAAAUUAGUACAACUUUCAAGGGAAAAGUUCGUAUAUUUCGCCGGCGACGGAGGGUGACCGCUCCGACGAAGAACAAAUCCCUAGAAAUGGCGGAGAAACUGGCGCCGGAGAAGCGACACAAUUUCAUCCAUAAUGGGCAAAAGGUCUUUGAGUGGGAUCAAACCCUAGAAGAGGCUAAUAUUUACAUAACUUUGCCGCAAAAUGUUCAUUCGAAGCUGUUCUACUGCAAAAUCGAGCCGAAGCAUCUCGAAGUUGGCAUCAAAGGCAACCCUCCUUAUCUCAAUCACGAUCUCAGUGGACCUGUGAAGACAGAUUGCUCGUUCUGGACUUUAGAGGAUGAUAUAAUGCACAUUACGCUGCAGAAGAGGGAGAAAGGCCAGACAUGGUCAUCGCCGAUACUUGGACAAGGUCAGUUGGAUCCUUACUCCACUGAUCUCGAGCAGAAACGCCUCAUGCUUCAAAGGUUUCAAGAAGAGAACCCUGGUUUCGACUUCUCGCAAGCUCAGUUUUCAGGCAACUGUCCAGAUCCAAGGACCUUCAUGGGUGGUAUUUGAUCUACUUGUCUGUCGGAUCGUAGUUAACAAAAAAAAACGCCCUUAGUUCUCAUAAAUAUAACAUGACUCGAGUCCUAGUGGGUUUACUCAGGCGGAGUAAGGGUGUCUGAUACUGAUUCAUACAGUGUUUCAUAGCGUUUAUAUUCUAAUUGUGGGUUGUGGCAUGGGAAUGGAACUGUGCUCUACAUUUGUUUUUAUUAGUAUUUAGUAUAUAAUUCGCAGAUGCCGUUGCCAUU